GCUACGCUCGGUUAUAAACGUAGCAUGGUGAUACAAUAUGUCAGUCCUCUGUUGACGGCUCUCCAUUCACCGUGCCUGGAAAUUGAAGCUGACUUUCAUACGCGCCAACGAUCAGUCGGAACAAUGGAGGUGGCAAUUAUAGUAGCGAUGGCGUUCCUCAGCAUGUUCACAUUUUGCGAAGAAGGUUACGCUCUCCCUGACGACGCGAAGGCGACCACCAUGAAGGAAAUAAAGGAGCCCAAGGAGAUCAAAGAAGCAGCGACCGCGUCGAAGGACGUAAAGGAUGCCAUCAAGGCUGCCAAGGAGGCGAAGAAGAGUAAGAAGGACUGCGCUAGGGAAUGCGGCGACUUUUACGAUCCUGUCUGCGCUCACGAUCCCGCGGACGCCAAUUUCAAGCCGAGGACCUUCGGCACGCAGUGCGCUCUGGACGUUCACAACUGCGAGAUGGGAACAAAACUGACCGUGAAGAGCAAAGGAGAGUGCCCCGGAUCCGGCGGAGUGAGAUUGUCCUGAAGGAUCGUCGGUCGUCGAUUCGGCAGAUCCAUCGCGAAACGAAGCGUAGAAUAGCAAACGUCCAGGCAAAACCGUGUUUUAGGCCGUUGUCGCGAAUUUCCGUUUAGUCCGCAGCAGCUCUCUCGAAUCGCGCUGCGAAUCUUCCUCCGCAUACACGUAUAAAUAUGUACGAGAACGUCAAGUAACACAACCGCGCCGCGCGACGAGAGACCCGCUCCGACGAUAACCGAUUGCACGCCAAACUAUACGCUGUAUACGAUACUCAAUGCAAGAAGAGGCAAGAAUGUAUCUGUCUAAUAAAUAUUAACAAUGAGCAACCAUU